AUGAAGCUCUCAUUCAGGGAUCUAAAACAGCAAAAAUUUACCAUCGAUGCUGAGCCUUCGGAGACGAUUGGCCAGCUGAAAGAAAAGAUCGCCCAGGAAAAAGGCUGGGAUGCUGCGCAGCAGAAACUUAUUUACUCUGGUGAGCUACAUUUUGAACGCCAUCUCAGGCUGGCUCGAGACUUGAAUCUGCUUUCUGACGUUCGUCCGUCAACAGGGAAAAUCCUUCAAAAUGCGAAUACUAUCGAAUCGUACAAUAUCGAAGAAAAGGGAUUUGUAGUUUGCAUGGUUUCGAAGCCCAAAACGCAGCCUGCCCCAUCCACUCCUGCUGGCCCUUCUCAGCCCCCUGCUACCCCUGCUCCCGCCCAAACAUCGACACCCGCUGCCCCUUCGGCCCCCGCACCCGCGACAAAUGAUCCCUCGGCUCCCCCUGCAACUCCGUCGCCAGCAGGUGGGGAUGCAGCCGCUUUCAACAACCCUUCAACUCUUUUGAUGGGGUCGCAGAGUGAAGCCGCCGUCCAGGAAAUGGAGGCCAUGGGUUUUCCAAGAGCAGAUAUUGACCGCGCUAUGCGGGCCGCCUUUUUUCACCCUGACCGUGCAAUUGAAUAUCUGUUGAAUGGUAUCCCAGACACCCCCGAACAACCGGCUGCUCGUGAGCAACCCAGUGCACCUGCGCAAUCCAAUGUUCCGGUGCCUCCAUCCAAUCAGCCUGCUGCAAAUGCUGAACCAGAUGAGCCAAUUAACCUUUUCGAAGCUGCUGCUCAAGCCGCUCAGGGGGGUGGUGCCCGUGGAACUCGCACCGCCGGCGCUAGCUUAGGUGGAGCGGCGGGAGGCGAAGGCCUGAGCAACCUCGAUUUCCUGCGGAACAACCCCCACUUCCAGCAGCUGCGACAAUUGGUACAGCAGCAGCCUGGGAUGCUGGAGCCAAUCCUGCAACAACUUGGCGCGGGAAAUCCGCAGCUGGCUCAACUCAUCGGUCAAAAUCAAGAACAGUUUUUGCAGCUUCUAAGUGAGGAUAUUGAAGAUGAUACACAAUUGCCACCCGGUACUCAUACAAUUAGCGUUACUGAGGAGGAGAGAGACGCCAUUGAACGGGUAAGUUGGGCUUCUAUUAGGUAG